CUAAUCUGGGCCCCCAUGUUACAUGUCAGUCAGACACAAACUCACAGAAGGUCUCAGACUCUCCGCAGCACAGCCACGCCCACUCCGCCAUCAAAUCCCCGCACCAACCCCUUUCAACAGUUCUCUAGGCACCCACCCAGUCUAAACGCUUUAGUCCCGCCCUCCUCUUCCGUUUGGCGAAUCGCUUUACAGGUUUAAUUGACAAUGAGACCCUCCCAAUUCCUGUGCCGCAAAUCACGACACAUCACUGUCAUGCAGACUCCUCCCAAUGCUCCUACUGUAGCGCGAUGUUAUUCGCUAAACAUUUGAUUAGUCUCUCCCACUCAGCGCUUUUUUUUUAUUGGCUACUCGCUAUUCCCUCCCACCUCAGUGUGAAGCAGGAACCAAGCUGUCCGUCAAACAGACACGCCCUAAAGUCUUUCAGAGGCGCAAGUUAAGAGGCGGGGGUGUGGCCGGGCUCCUCCCUUCUCGCGGGUUCCUAUUGGCUGCGCCAUUAGAUCGACUGAGUGGCGACCUGGAGCCGAGACUGACGGACACGAACCAUGGAGACUAACAGGGUUAGGGAAACAUGGUUAUGGACACUAAUCAUCUUCAUACUCCCAAACUCAUAUGAAAUAGGCAGCUCUGCUUCAUCCUCUUUACCAGGGAAAUUCCACGUGACUCUUAAAGAGGCUGUCUCUACCACUAGUCACAUGGUUGGAGAAGUGAAUUAUGGGAUAUGAAGUCUGAACGUUGAGGGAGCUACAUGCAAGCUUUACAACAUUGUUACAGUGAAACUCACAGUUGGUAUGAGCAUGGACAAAGAAAACAAGCUUUGGCAAAAGGUAUUGAUUGCUGUGUCAAUCAACAAAACUAAUGCUCAUGUAUCCAGCUGAUGCGACUUUAAAAAUUUCAUGAAGCAUUGCUAAUAUUAUGUGUAAUUUUUGACACAACUAGCUAGCAUCCAGAUUGCAUCUUUUUCCUCAUCAAAAAGCUAUUUCUACUCUUUCAAGCUGACUUAUUUAUGAAACUGUCUAUAUAAUAUGGAAAUUCUUAAUUAAAACAGGUUUUUGUGCUACCUGUUACCUCUGAAGAAAUGAUUUAGAAAUAAGCAAAAAAACAAAUGGGCAGAGCACCAGUAUGUUGAUGCGAUGCUUUACAGAAAAAGAACAUUAACUAUAAAGAACAAUUCUUACUUGCACACAAGUCUCAUAUAGAGUCCGAUAUUCCACGGGCAUCAGUAUAAAAAGUGGAAUAUUGUGCAGCAAACUGAUUAAAGACGUUGCCACAUACAAGUUAAGACGAAAGUGAUGGAAGGUAAAACUCUCUGGAUCCAGAAGCGGAAGCCAGUUCGAAAGAGAAGCUUGCCUUCAGGCCAUAGUCUACUUACGCCAACAAAAAAGAGAGCAAACAGCAGAGAGGAUGAAAACAUGAAGCUCACCCAUGAUUCUUUGAUUGAGAAUUGCUACUGUGAUGUUAAAGAAGAUACUGCACUACCAUCAAUAGCAGAGUCCAAUGAUAGUGAAGAGGACCUAUUUGGUGAAUAUGAUAGCUUUGCUGAGGAUCCUUCCCUGCUGGAUGACUUUGAAAACCAGGACAAACUAGAGCAAUGUCAUAAUACCUUGCUGUGUUUCAGUUUAGACCACAAAUCUGAGAACCUUAAUCACAAUGAACAAAUAGUAAAACAUUCUACUGGAGGGGAGCAGUCUUCAGUAAUCAAUUCAUGGGAGAAAACUCACUCAUUAAGAUUAACAAAUAAAAUAAAAGGUAAAAGGGAAGACUUUUUAGAUGUCAUUCCAUGUUCACAGAUGUUGUGCUAUGAAGAUUCAAACCCACCUGCAGAUGAUGUUACAAACAUAGACUUGCAUCUUGGAGACAUAUCUAAUGGGUUACCUUGUUUUGAAGCAAAUGGUGCCAGAAGCUCUUCCAAUGUUACUUAUUUAAGGAAUAGUAGUGAGAAAAGAAAAAGCUUAAAAGACAACCUCAAAAGCACCUUGGCUGUAAAUGCAACGGAACAGACACCACAGAUGUCAAGGACUAAGGAGCUCAAAAAAGCCAUUCUUUUAGAACAAAUUGAUGCUGCAAAGCAGACUGUGGAAAACUCCUAUGAUCUUGAUUUGGGACCAUUUUAUGGUUUACCCAGUAGGGUUCGCAAUCUAAUUAACCAAUUCAGAGGGAUUAAAAGACUUUAUGACUGGCAACACAAAUGCUUGACCUUAACGUCCUUAAAAGAAAAGAAAAACUUGAUUUAUUCGCUACCUACAAGUGGUGGGAAAACUCUUGUUGCUGAAAUUCUCAUCCUUCAAGAACUGCUGUGCAGACAAAAAGAUGUACUCAUGAUCUUACCCUAUGUUGCAAUUGUACAAGAAAAGGUUCGAGGAUUGGCCAGUUUUGGGAUUGAGCUAGAUUUUUUGGUUGAGGAAUAUGCUGGCAGCAGAGGCAGGUUUCCUCCCAUUAAAAGGAGAACAAAAAAAUCACUGUAUAUCUCCACGAUCGAAAAGGGCCAUAGUCUUAUUAACUCCUUAAUUGAAACAGGGCGAAUCAAUGAUUUGGGUCUCAUUGUAGUCGAUGAGUUGCACAUGCUUGGUGAAGGAAGGAGAGGAGCAAUUUUAGAAAUGACUUUGAGCAAAAUUCUCUACACCAGUGAAAGUAUACAAAUCAUUGGCAUGAGUGCAACUUUAAACAAUGUAGCAGAACUGCAAACCUUUCUGAAGGCGGAGUAUUACACUAAUAAUUUCAGACCUGUUGAAUUAAAAGAAUUUGUAAAAGUCUGUGACAGGAUAUAUGAAGUUGACAGCAAUGCAGAAAAUAACUUAACAUUUUCACGUCUUCUCAACUGUAAGUACUCAAGCAAUAUGAUGAAGAUAGAUCCUGAUCAUGUUAUUGCCUUGGCGACAGAGGUGAUUCCAGCCAAUUCUUGCCUUGUAUUCUGUCCCACAAAAAAGAACUGUGAAAAUGUUGCAGAAAUGAUUUGCAAAUGCUUAAAAAAGUUAUACUUAGAACACAAAGAGACAGAAAAAAAUAACUUGAUUGCAGAUCUGAGGAAUACUGGGAAUGGAGCAUUGUGCUCUGUUUUAAAAAGAACAAUUCCUUUUGGCAUUGCUUACCACCACAGUGGGCUGACUAGUGAUGAACGGAAGCUGAUAGAGGAUGCUUAUUCAUCUGGAGUCCUCUGCCUCCUUGCUUGCACUUCUACCCUUGCAGCAGGAGUUAAUCUUCCAGCUAGAAGGGUUAUUUUACGAGCACCUUAUGUCGCUAAUGAUUUUCUCAAGAGAGCUCAGUAUAAACAGAUGGUUGGUAGAGCUGGCCGUGCUGGUAUCGAUAGUGCUGGGGAAAGCAUCCUUAUUAUAAAAGAAAAAGACAAGGAACUGGUGCACGAGUUAAUAAGCAAGCCAAUAGAGAACUGCUACAGCAAUCUCAUGCACGACUCUGGUAAAGAUUUUCAAAGCCUGCUGCUAUCUUUAAUUGGACUGAAGAUUGCAAAAACAACUGAGGAAAUCUACAAUUUUGUUUCCUGUACAUUAUUUGGUGUUCAACAGUCUCACCUUUGCAAAGUAAAGAGUCUCUGGGAUGUGACAAAAGAAUCCCUAGAAUGCUUAGUCGACAAGGGCCUAAUUUGUGGCAACAUGUGUUGUGAAACGGAUCAAUGUAUAUUUCAUGUCUCAAAACUAGGCCAUGCAACAUACAAAGGGUCCAUUGAUUUGGCUUGCUUUGACUUGCUGUACAGUGACUUAAAAAAGGGCUUGGAAGGUCUUGUUCUGGAAAGUUUUCUUCACCUUCUUUACCUUGUGAUCCCAUAUGAUUGUGUUGGAAAGUUUAACCCAGACUGGAUGGUCUACUUCAGACAGUAUAGCUUACUCAGUCCUGUAGAACAAAAAGUAGCAGCAAGUGUUGGAAUACCAGAAAGCUUUCUUGCGCGAAAGGCUUCAGGUCAAACUGUAAAAACUCAGGAGAAAGCCUAUGAGAAAAAUAUGCACGAGGAUGAAGGACCCCUUGAAACUCCGCUCGUUGAGAUAAAACAGCACCAACUCCCACCUCAGAAGCAUCGACCUCCAGAAUAAACGGCCGGGCUGGAUCAGGAUGAAUAAGUAUAGGAGCUGAACUAAAUACAUAGUAACAUAUACAUAGUAAGUAAGGUUGAAAAAAGACACACGUCCAUCAAGUUCAACCUUUUAGUUUUUUUUUUUUAUCUGCCUAACUGCUAGUUGAUCCAGAGGAAGGCAAAAAAGGCAUUAAGUAUUAUCGAUUUAUCUGAACAUGCAUUGACCCCUGCACACUCUAAUGUAUUGAAUAAAGGAUUAUCUUUUUCGCCAACCUUUUGUUUGGAUGUUUUUGAAACUGUUAAAGAUCUAAAUUUGUUUGCUAGAAAACUAUUGUUGAAGAAAUACUUUGAUAUAGAUGCGUUAGAAGCUAACACCCAACUGUCAGAUGUGGAACUCAGAGCACUCAAUGAUCUGGAGGAAUUACUAUUAGAAAAUGAGGAGGGAGUACUAGAUAAUACUACCCCAACUCCCUUGUUAGAGGACUGGAUUAAAAAACUCAGUUCACCCCGGCAACUAAUAUCUACCCAAAUGUGGCUAUUUUGGUCAAUUUGGUGACUAAAGAUCUUUUAUCACUAGAAUCUCGUAUAUACGAGAAUAAUACAUCUAGGGAGGAGAGAAAGGCUAUCAAAGACAUGCAGCAAUGGCAAAUUAAACCCUCCGAUAAAGACGGGAAUAUUGUCAUUUGGCCUAAUAACCUGUACCUAGAGGAGGCUAAUAAUCAACUGGCCUCCAUUAGCUACAAGGAAAUUCUGGGGGAUCCUACAGAAAACUUUCUGGAAAUCUAUACUAAUAUGCUAAAGGAGGUCUUUGACAAUAGUUUGAUCUCCAGUAAAGAAAGAUCAUUUCUAACAGUUGUGGUAGAGUGACUAGGAAAAGGU